AGGUAUGGAAUCAAUAAAAAGGUUUCAUGGGAUGGAGAUGCUUCACAGUGCUGUGGAGCGAAUGGAUGCAUUUGCAGAGAAGUAUAUGGCUGUUAGAAGCAAGUUGACAUUAGGAUUAAUUGUUAUGUGGGCGUUCGACUACUUCGGGAAACUUUUUGAUUCCUACAUCAAACGCAUCUGCGGAAUCAGGCAUGGAGCUGUGUUUUACUUUCCUCGGCGAUGGUUAGAAGAUGAUGACGAAGUAUUCGAUGAAAUAGCGGAGAACUUUGAAUUGGAUGACUCUUCAAUAGAUGAACAAAAUCAAACAAUUAAUGCCAAAACAGAUCACAUGGAAGAAUUUGAAGAAUCUCUGGAGGACUGGGAAUUCGCUUCGUUUGAUAAUAUGGAUGAUUAUGAAACUGACUCAGAUGAUGAGAAUAAGUACAUUAUUGAAAAAAUGCGCAGUCGUUACAGGGCUGCGUUGACAGAUCCUCAACACAUUGCUGCUUACAGAGCCAACGAAGUGAAGCGAAUUUCCAAUGAAAUUCAAUGUGAUGAGAUUUUGUUGGAAAACGGGCUCAUUGAUCCAACAGAUUUUGGAAGAUCACUUAUGAUUGAAUUCUAAUGUUCCGACACUGAAACUGUUGUUAUGAAAACGGAUCACAUGGUUUUGUUUUUCUAUUUUCAUUUUCUCUAUAUUUAUUCUGAUUUUGUGUUUUCAUUUUUGUUUAAAACCAAUAUAAUUGCAAAUAAAUAUUCUAAUGUACAA